UAGCCGCAUGUGCAUGAGCCCAUAGUUCGUCCGCACGAGGAGCCACGCUUCCUCCGUCGCGUUGACCUGUCCUUUGCACCGCCUCGCAGCAGACGUCAUGAGCGGAACCGAGCACCACGAGGCUGCACAGUCCGCGGGCUCCGCUAGCACUGGCCCGCUGCCGUCUCCAGCGGCCACGCGGCGCCAGUCUGCGCCACGGCUCGUAGCACCGCUGCACGUCGCCAGCGCACGCAGCCGCAACAGUCCUCGUGCUCUUUCGAGCCCACUCAGCGACGACGGUUCUCUUGCGCUGUCUGGGUCGGGCUCAGGCUCGGCGUCGCUGCCUGCUGGCUCGGAUGCGGCGUCGCUCGGGGCCUCGCGCCCGUCGCCUGAGCCCGAGCGGCGCAUCCCGGUGUACGUGCGCCUCGUGCCGCGCGACCUCUGGCUGCGCAUGCACAUUGACCUGCGCAGUACCAUGGGCGCCGUCAAGGAUGCCGUUCUGGACCGCGCCGGCGUGCCGCAUGCCGAUCCGACGCUGAGUCCGCACUUCUUCGAGGAAGUCACCGGGGCCGCCGCGGCCGGGACCGCGACGAAGAACGGCGUCGUGAUCCCGGCAGACCCGGGCGUGCUGCCCAAGGUAUUCAUCGCGCGCAAGGCCGGCUACUCCGGCUCUUCAGAUGCGCCAGACAUCGCCUCGCUCGCAGAUCUCGCCGUCUCCGCCGAGUCGGCCAGUGCGCGGCAACGUGCCAAGGCAGCGUCUGCGGCGUCGGCUGCGCGCGCCAUCCUGGGCGGCGAUCCCGGCCGCGGUGGCCCUGGCAGGCUCGGGCCCGUGGGUGUGAGCAUGUCAUCGUCGCUCUCGACGUCAAGCGCAGAUUCCUCCAACCUGCUGCCGCAAAGCAAGGCGGUGGGCAAGCGGGCAGCCUCGCCGCGCUCGUUCGAGAGGCCAGCCAUGGUGUCGAGGGCAUCCUCGCCGAUGGUAGACACACUGGGUGUCAGCUCAGUCACGACUGCGCACCGCACUCCACGACCAAUGGCCAGCUUCUCCGCGCUCGGCGCGGCUACAGCAAAGGACGGGCCCUCCUCGAGUCACUCCCAGACGAAUCUGGCGAGCCUGCCCGGCAGCCCGGCAAGCGUGCAGACGUCUCGCAAUGCGGCAGCUGGCUCUUCAAGCCCUACACCGCAACGCGCGACGGAUCCGCGCGCAUCAUCGCUGGUCACGCUCGGCGGCUCGCCCGCGCUUCCAGCAGCUCGCUCUGCGUACCUCGACUACACACAGCACGGUCUUCCGGGCAACGUCGAGGCGCUACGGCUCGAGCAGGAGGCGCUCGCACGCUCUCGCGCGCCGCUCCACGUUGCUCCCGCCAUGACUGCCUCGACUAGUGUUGCCAGCACGUCUACAAGCACAGAUGCCAGCCUGCGCAGCCCAUCGUCGGAAGAGGGCAUGCGUCUUGUACGCCUGAGUGCUGCUGCAAAGCUGCGCCAGGCCGGCGUGCGAUCGCCGUUCGACUCGGAGGAAGAGGAUCCGCUGGAGGGCUCCACCAGCGAGGAGGAGGAUCUGUGGAGCGUGGCCGAAGGAGGCACUGGCGCGGCAGACGAGGACGAUUCACGCUCUUCCAUCUCCAUGUCCUCGUGCAACGACGGGGACGGACUGCGCACGCGCGACGAGUCCGUGCUCUGGGGCACGCAGCUGGAGGAGGCGAUGGAGCGGCGUGCUGCUGAGCAAGCAGCCGAUGCAGCAGGAGCUUCGCGCGAGCAGCUUGCGCACCUGCAAGUGGAUGCAGUCCGCCGCUCCAGCACCGCGACGGGUCAGUCCUCGACAUCCAGCAACUCGGGUCGGCACAAGGCGUCUUCGGAACGCAUGCGCUCAGGCACCAUUACCGCCGCAAGCGCUCUUGCUGCGCGUGGCGGGCCAAUUGCUCUGCCCGAAGAGCAAGACGCGCCCACGCCUCACUCUGCAAAGGUGCCAGUCCCGGUACGCAGCUCGAGCGCGGGCUUGUCCGAGCCCUCCUCGCUGCCAUGCGGCGACGGCGGCGAGCCUGCCUCUCUGGACAGCGUAAUCAGCCUUAACGCCGCAGCAUCGGUCGAGCCGAGCUCCAUGCCCGAGCCGGCCAAGGCGCUCCUACGCGGUGGGCGCAUCGCCGGCAUCCAGCUCGACGAGAUCUCGGCUUGGGACAAGGCGACGCAUCCGCUCUCGUCUCGCUUCUCCGUCUACUCCUUUGCAAACGGCCACCUGAUGGAGGACUGGCGCACAGUCGCUGCCUUCCGUCUGCGACCAUUCGAGCUGCUCGAAGUGCAGUUGGCACGCCCGCGCGAUCGUAUUCACCUGCCGCGCACGGGCGAGGCGAACAUGGCCAUCAUGUCCGAGGAGGCCGUCUCGCGCAGAAAGCGUGCCGAGACGGCAUCGAACGCAGUCGUCGCGGCGGCUGCAGCGAGUGGUGCUACGGGCGCCGCUCUUUUGCGUGCCGCACCGACGUCUGCGCCAGCGCCCAAUGCGAACCCGGCGCUCGACGAGCGCUACGUCGAGCCGUUCAGCGAGGGCUGGUACUAUGUCCUGAAGCCCGGCAGCGGCUCGUCCAAGGCGCAAAAGGCAGGUCUGGGCAUGUGGAAGCUGCGCUGGGUCGUCAUCCGCGGCUGGUCGCUGUCGAUUUUUCGCCAAGCCCCCACGCGCUCCUACCUCGGCACGUCCAACGGCGUGUCCUCGUGGCACCUCAGCGCUAUCAAGUGGGCUGCGACCGAGCGCGCCGACGGCGCCACCAACCCGCCGUCGGCUGGCCGACAGCUGGCGAGCGAGAGCAUCACGAUUGCAUUCAGCACCGCCGUCGUGUCGGACUACAGCAUCGACGAGGCUGAGUUCGCCGGGCGCAGCAGCGUGACGCUGCGUGCGCUCUCCGAGUAUGACCACCGCGCGCUGUUCAACAUUGUCGCACGCGCAUGCUGCCGACACAGCGGCAGCGCCCCGGAUGCGGAGACCGGGCUCGACAUCGAAGCCUGGCGCCGGCGUGCGAUCGCUCGCGCAACCAUCGCCGCAGCCCGAUGCAAUCCAGUCCGUCGAGGUCGCUGAUCCGCAUGCGCGGCUUCUCGCUCUCGCGCAACGGCCGCCAGCAAGCCUCGGUCGACCACGCCGACUCAUCGAGCAACUACUCGCCCUCCGGCACGCCGGCGGGCUCGCCAGCGCGCCCGAUGCGCAACUCUGGCGGCCCGCUGCCGCGCCCGCGCGGCGAGAGCCUCAGCGCGGGCAGGUCCGGCUCCCUGACGUCUCCGUGGACUGGCGUGCAGGCACGAGACUUUGCCCACGCCGGCGCCUCGGCGACCAACUCUCCGCCUGCCCUGCCUGUUAUGCCGCCUCACGCCGGCGCCGAGCGUAGGCAGCAGCAGAAGCCCGAGGCGCCUCCGAGUGGCCCCGGCACGCGGGCACGCUCUCACACCGUGGGCCUGUCGCCGAGCGCUUCC